AUGGAUAACUGGCAGUCUGGUCCUUCAGCAGACGAAUUUAUAAUUCCAGACGAGGACAUUCCUAACCCAAAUCAAACAUCUAAUGUUCCUCGAGGAGUGACAAACCAGCCACAGCCCACGAAUAGCCAGAGUGGCUUUUCAUGGACUCCAAAGGUGGACUUAUCCACUGCCUUUACCCCAUUCAUCACACCUGCGCUUCCCGACUCGAACAAAGUUAGCGAGCGUCAAUACUCGGGUGGAGAUACUUUGGAUGAACCCGUGUGGCAUACAUUGAAACGAGACUUGCUUCAGAUUAGCAAGCGGCUAGCCAUUGUAAUUUGGCCUGCGCAACUUAAACAACUUGCACAAAAGCAUCAAGCUGGUCUCAUUGACUUGGCGUCCAGUAACGGCAUUCGUUUACCAGCCUCCAUUAUAAACGCUUCUAGGGCUGUUCCAGAAGAUGACGAAGAGGAAAACAGCCUGGCCAUGGUUCCUGCUCUAGACUGGGAUCUUUGGGGCCCUUUGAUUUUCUCCUUGGCUUAUUCGGUCACUUUGGGGUUCGCUGCACCCAACUCUCAGACCAAUAUGGUCUUCUCGGGAACGUUUUCUUUCAUCUGGGUGUUUUACUUAAUUGGUGGCUUGAACAUCCAACUUUUAGGGGGUACAAUCUCCUUCUUGUCUGCCAUCAGUGCAUCAGGAUAUUCCAUGUUUCCUGUCGUGGUUGGUGCCGUGGUGAACACUUUAGCAAUCAAAUGGAGAUGGUUGCGUUUGCUCAUUAUGUGUUUUCUCACAACUUGGAGCAUUUAUGCCGCAGGAAUGAGCCUACGUUGUCUGGGAGUAUUGCCUGGAAGAGUAUUUUUGGCCAUGUAUCCGGUUGCUUUGAUGUACACCGUUUUGGCAUAUCUUACCGUCAUAACAUAA